AUGGAGGCAAAUGCAGAUGUACCAAUAUCUAUAAACGACUCUGACGAGGCGUUUGACAACUGUUGCAUUCCAUGUUCAAGGAAUGGCGCAAAUAAAGAAGCUACGAAAUUCUGUCAAGAUUGUGGAUCGUACAUUUGCAGUCAGUGUGUAAAUGGUCAUAGUAAAUUUCCAUCUUUACAAUCACAUCAUAUUACGGAUGGACCGGAGUGCAGUAGUGGACAAGAACUAUUGACAGAACGUUGUAGCAUACACCACGGACGGAUUUUAGACAGAUACUGCAAGGACCAUGAUGAAGUUUGCUGUGAGGCAUGCGUUACCAUCAAACAUAGGUCAUGUGAAAAUGUUAAUGAUUUAAAUGAAUCUGCAAAGAAUAUUGACGCGGAAGAACACAGCGAUACAAACGAAUGUCUAAACAAAGUCAUUUCACAAAUUGUAUUGGAAAAGGAUAAAAGAAGCAUUAUCAUGAGAAUUAAAGAACUCGCAGAAGCCUCUAGAGAAGAAGUGCGGACCAAACAUGAUAAACUUGUAAAUGUCGCUCAGGCUGAUGUGAAGGAAUUGGAGACCGUUUUGUCAGUGUCUGAAGAAAGUUCAAACCAGUUAAAUACCAAAGGCCUAAAUGAAGCACAAAUGUUUGUAAAGAUCAAAAAUAAAAAUGACACCACUGUAGUCGCUGAUUUCAAAAAUAAAAAAAUAAAAAUACUGGAUAAAAGUAAUGAGAUAGCAGAUUGCAUAGUAUUACCUGGAUCCCCUUCAUCUUUGUGCAAAACUGAGAACGUGGAAGUAGCAGUGACACUUCGGACAGAGAAGAAGGUGCAGUUCGUAUCCUGUGGUGACACAUUAUCAUUGGGAGCAUCGUUCAACACGGAACAGAGGUGUACAGGUCUUUACUUUGAUACAAAACAUGAUGAACUGUAUGUCUCCUGCGAUAGCUGGUCACGUAAAUCAAAGAUUUGCGUAUACAAGAGAAGUGGGGACAUUCUUAGGAUCUUUGAAACAGACGAAGAUGGAAAGAGUCUGUUCUCAUAUCCGAAAAAUAUCAUCAUGGAGCCAAUUACGGACAUGGUAUACAUUGCAGAUGAAAGAAAUGGGGUCAUUGCUUUGAACAGAGAUGGUAAGAGAGUAUGGACAUUUAAUGAUCCAAAAUUACGGGAUUUGAACGGGAUUUGUCAGCUACCCGGGAAUCAUAUGCUUGUUACUGGACGUACUUCGAAGAAUUUAGUUCAAAUAGGGGAUGACGGAAAAGAAGUAGGUGAACUCCUUAAUGCGACAGAAGGACUAAUUAAUCCAUAUACUGUGGUCUGUGAUAAAAGGAAGUCUAGAAUAAUGAUAGGGUGUGAGUCGAAUGAAAUUAGUGUUUAUGCAUUACGUCGGAAGUAA